AUGGCUAGAACGCAACCACAAACAAAACGUAGACCAGCUGCUGCAAAAAAAUUUCCAAGACGAAUCACUUCAGCAACAAGUUCACCUCAUGCUAUAAAAACUAGACCUGGUGAUCCCAUAAGACCAUCAAAACCGAGAAGAUAUAAACCUGGCACUGUGGCUUUAAGGGAAAUCAGACAGUACCAAAAAACCACAAAUCUUCUCCUCAGGAAAUUGCCGUUUUCCAGAGUGGUUCGAGAAAUUGCCAUGGAAAUACUUCAACCGGAUUCUCAGGUGGGGUUUAGAUGGCAAUCCACGGCUAUUUUGGCCCUUCAAGAAGGAGAAUCAGAGGAGUAUGGGGAGGACUUGGAUAGUUAUCGUGCUAAUCAAUAG